AUGACGUCCGCUAUCGCAGCAUCAGAACUUGCCAGACAUGACAAGAAAGAUGACGUCUGGAUUUCUGUCAAUGGAAUGGUCUAUAACAUGACCGAGUUUGCGCCUGAGCACCCCGGAGGAGCUGAGAUUAUAUACCAGCACGCUGGAACUGAUGCAUCGGCUGCCUACAAUGAAGCCCAUGGACCAUCUCUGAUUCGAAAAUCCUUGGACGUCAAGUUCCACAUUGGGAUUGUUGACCAGGCCACGGUGCCCCGGACACACCAGGUCCCCAGUCGCCCUCAAGCCAAGGACCGACGUGAGAAACCAGACUUGGACGCCAUCAUCAACUUGGAUGAUUUUGAGCAUGCAGCUACAAAAGCUCUGAGUCAAAAGGCCAUAGGCUACAUCAGCAGUGGCUCCAACGAUAAUGACACUAGGGAUGCAAACCGCUCUAUCCUAAGAAAGGUUUUGCUACGCCCUCGGGUGAUGCGAAAUGUGAGGGAAGUCAAGGCAAAUACGGCACUAUUUGGUUGUGAUCUGGAUAUCCCCGUCUACAUCUCCCCUACUGGCGCGGCGAGGACUGGCGGCGCAGAGGGGGAGCUUACUCUAGCCCGUGGUGCAGCUGCAGGCGGCAUCGUUCACUGUUUUGCAACUCCAUCCUCAUACCCCUACGACGAAAUCCUCGAUGAGACUUCAAGACAGGCCUUCUUCCAACUUUACGUGAAUAAGGAUCGGAACAAGUCAGAAACGGCGAUUCGACAGAUGGACGCUUCUGGCAAAAUAAAGGCCAUUUUGGUCACCGUUGAUGUCCCUGUUGUUCCAAAGCGAGAAGCAGAUGAGCGCAUCAGGUCCAACGAGACAUUAUCUAUAGCAGGAAUCAAGGUAGAUGUGAAGGGCGGUGACAAAAAAGGCGCCGGUCUUGCGCGACAGACUGGCUCCUUCAUCGACCCCAGUGUUGAUUGGGGCAUCAUCAGCUGGCUCCGCAGCCUGACCUCUCUCCCCAUCAUUGUCAAGGGCAUCCAGACAGCCCACGAUGCCAGGAUGGCUCACAGGCAUGGUUGCGACGGAAUAGUUAUCAGCAACCACGGGGGCAGGGCCGUCGACCAUGCGCCCCCAGCAAUUCUGGUCUUGUUAGAGCUUCAGAAGAACUGUCCCGAGGUACUAGAGUCUAUGGAAGUUCUGGUUGACGGCGGAUUUCGCCGGGGCGCCGACGUGGUCAAGGCCAUCUGCCUCGGAGCAUCAGCUGUGGGUAUUGGCAGAAGCUUCCUGUACUCGCUGAGUUACGGCCAGCAAGGAGUAGAGCAUGCCAUUUCCAUUUUGCGCGAUGAAAUCGAGACUACGAUGCGUUUAUGCGGAAUGACGGACUUGAUGAGGGACGCCCACCCAGACUUGGUCAACACUCUUGAAGUUGAUCACUUGGUGCCAACAGAUAGUCACCCCUACGCAAGGAAGAUAACACGACGUCAAAGCCGCCUGUAA